GUUGGUACCAAAAAUAACUCUUAACUUUUAUGCUGCUUCUUCUAAUCUUCUUCUAGUCAACCACCAAUCACAAUUCACAAUACAAAGCAAACACCCCUCCAUAUUUUUUUAGUCAUAAUUAUAAGUAUUGAAAAUACAUAACAUUCAUUUUUCUCUCUCUUUCCCUCUUUGAUUAGAGAGAUAAAUUCAGGAGAAUCAGAUGGGAAAUUGCUGGGGUUCUCCAGCUGAAACACCCACCACAACUCCUAGCACUACCGGCAACGUUAGUUCAAGUGUAAUAAGCCAGACCACAUCAUUAACAAGCAGCAGCAAUAUAUCAAGCAAGAGCCAAUUUUCGGCAUCAAGUGGUGAUGAUUUGUAUCCAAAUGGCCAGAUUUUGCCUACUCCAAAUUUAAGAGAGUAUAGUUUUCAAGAAAUGAAAUCUGCUACUAGAAAUUUCAAAGGUGAUAAUUUAUUGGGUGAAGGAGGUUUUGGUCGAGUUUAUAAAGGCUGGCUUGAAAAUAAGCAUCCUCCUAAGAGUGGUAGCGGUUUGGUUGUUGCAAUUAAAAAGUUGAAUUCUGAAAGUGUUCAAGGUUUCGAAGAAUGGCAGUCAGAAGUAAAUUUUUUAGGAAGGCUUUCGCACCCUAAUCUUGUCAAAUUACUUGGAUACUGCUGGGAAGACAAAGAACUGCUGCUUGUAUAUGAGUUCAUGCAAAAAGGGAGUUUAGAAAAUCAUCUUUUUGGAAGGGGCUCUGCUGUUCAACCACUUCCUUGGGACUUGCGGCUUAAAAUUAUCAUCGGAGCUGCACGGGGAAUUGCCUUCCUACAUUCUUCGGAUGACCGUGUUAUUUAUCGUGACAUCAAAGCUUCCAAUAUACUCCUAGACGGCUCUUACAAUGCAAAGAUAUCAGACUUUGGCUUAGCAAAAUUGGGUCCUUCGGCGAGUCAAUCCCAUGUCACAACAAGGGUUAUGGGCACCUACGGAUAUGCCGCACCUGAGUACAUUGCCACAGGUCACUUGUAUGUCAAGAGUGAUGUGUAUGGCUUUGGUGUCGUGAUAGUCGAACUUUUGACUGGUUUACGAGCACUUGAUACAACUCGUCCUACCAACAAGCAAACCUUGGUGGAUUGGAUCAAACCCCAUCUGUCUGAUAAAAGGAAGUUGAAGAGUGUAAUGGAUACUAGGUUGGAGGGAAAGUAUCCAUCAAAAGCUGCGGUAGCAACUGCUGAACUAGCUCUGUCUUGCCUUGCACACGAACCUAGAGCGCGACCAUCAAUGCAAGAAGUUUUGGAAUCCUUAGUAAAAAUCCAAGGCAUACCUCAUGACAAACCAAGGGUGUCUAGGAGAAACUCAGCAGGUAGUGCAGCUGUUCGUCCUCAUCGACAUCGUCGACAAAAUGGAAUUCGAUCACAACCCAAUUCUCUACAGUCUAGGUAGAUUAUGUCUCAUAAAUUGCUUUAACUUGUCAUAUUUUUUGGCCAAGGCUAAUACUCUAAAUUAAACUGUUCUUUUAAUGAUAUUACUUCCUGCAUUUUAUGAUGGGAUAAUACUGAAUAUAUAUAGCUAGUUAAGAAAGAGUUUCUGUAAUUUGAUGUACUGUGUUAUACUUCGUAUGUAUUUGUAAUUAUUCUUUGUGAAUUUAGCUUUCCUUGAUAUUAUUAUCACCCA